ACACCGGAGGGGGCACCUGGGACCAACUUCACGAAGCGGGGAGCCCGGUGGGGGGGGGCUUGGGGGAGCAAAAGACCCGCGGCCUCAGCCCCUCCAAAGAACCGGGAAAUGACGGGGAAAGCGGGGGAAGCGCUGAGCAAGCCCAAAUCCGAGACAGUGGCCAAGAGUACCUCGGGGGGUGCCCCGGCCAGGUGCACAGGGUUCGGCAUCCAGGAGAUCCUAGGCUUGAACAAGGAGCCUCCCAGCUCCCACCCGCGGGCUGCCCUCGACGGCCUGGCCCCCGGGCAUUUGUUAGCUGCGCGCUCGGUUCUCAGCCCGGCUGGAGUGGGCAGCAUGGGGCUGCUGGGACCCGGGGGGCUUCCCGGCUUCUACGCACAGCCCACCUUCUUGGAAGUGCUGUCCGAUCCGCAGAGCGUCCACUUGCAGCCACUAGGCAGAGCGUCGGGGCCGCUGGACACCAGCCAGACGGCCAGCUCCGAUUCUGAAGAUGUUUCCUCCAGUGACCGAAAAAUGUCCAAAUCGGCUUUAAACCAGACCAAGAAACGUAAGAAGCGGCGACACAGGACAAUCUUCACUUCCUACCAGCUAGAGGAGCUAGAGAAGGCAUUCAAUGAAGCCCACUACCCAGAUGUCUACGCCCGCGAGAUGCUGGCCAUGAAAACAGAGCUGCCAGAAGACAGGAUACAGGUGUGGUUCCAGAACCGCAGAGCCAAGUGGAGGAAGAGGGAGAAGUGCUGGGGUCGGAGCAGCGUCAUGGCUGAGUACGGCCUCUAUGGAGCCAUGGUGAGGCACUCCAUCCCCCUGCCAGAGUCCAUCCUCAAGUCGGCCAAGGAUGGCAUCAUGGAUUCCUGUGCUCCGUGGCUACUGGUUCAAGAUGGCUUUCCCAGGCGCUUUUCUAAACCCGAAUACCAACAAUUCUUUUUAGGGAUGCACAAAAAGUCGCUGGAGGCAGCAGCCGAGUCGGGAAGGAAGCCCGAGGCAGAACGCCAGGCCCUGCCCAAGCUCGACAAGAUGGAGCAGGAGGAACGGGCCCCGGAUGCCCAGGCAGCCAUCUCCCAGGAAGAACUGAGGGAGAACAGCAUUGCGGCCCUCCGAGCCAAAGCUCAGGAGCACAGCACCAAGGUUCUGGGGACUGUACCUGGGCCUGACAGCCUGGCCAGGAAUGCUGAGAAGCCGGAAGAGGAGGAAGCCAUGGACGAAGAUAGGCCAGCGGAGAAGCCCAGCCCACCGCAGCUGGAGGACAUGGCUUAGAUCAAGGGCCACUGGCCUUGGGACUGCUCUUCUAGGGCCCUGUGGUGCCGGGAGUUCUCUCUGAGGCGAGGCCAUUGUCUGGCUUCUGCCACACCUCCCCACACCUCAGGCCCUCAAUUACCCCACAACUCUAGGCAUAGGCUAAUUCUGGCCGUAGCUUUGGACCAUGCUGAGACAUCCUGGACCUGCUCCUGAUCUAGCAUCCUCAUCCUCAGCCCAGCUUCCCUGCCUCCAAAGCCUUCUUGCUACCCCAACAUCGACGUCCUGCCAGGUCAUCUCUGAGCGACUCUUGUCCAAGCCUACCCCUUCCUUACUCUCUGCUCUCUCAGCCUUCCUUCCCAGCUCAGCCCCCUCGUGGACUCCAGCCACCGCUGCUGUAAGCCCACAGCCCAGCAGAGCUGUGAUUGGAUUGAGGACCUGCUCAGCUGUCCUGAGGACUUGGCAGGCAGGCCUUUCCCUCUCCACCUCUUCCUUCUCAGACCUGGCCCCCGGAUCCUGCUCUAUGAAUGCGUUGCUCAGCUGGUCCACGUGCAGCCUCUGCAUUCUCCGCCCUGCUUACUGAUGGACAGGUUCAAGACUAAGCAGGGCAAGUCUCAGACUGAGUCCUUCCCCAGACCUGUCUCACACCAUGCUCUAGAUCAUCCUCAGGCCUUCUCUGUACCGGGCCUGCCCUACAGGUUCCUCCUUUGCAGAGGUGGGCCAUACCACCUUGUCAGUGUCUAGGCCCUGCACCCUGAGGUGGGGGGGGGGGGGCACUUCUCAGCAAUGUUGUGGCUUCCUGUACUGCUGUCGAGUCCUUGCCCAGAGCUUUUUCACCCCAGGGCCUGCGUUUCUGAAGCAUUUUGACCCUUCUGCCUAUGACUUUGACUUGCUGGUUAAGGCUUCUUUCUCUAGUGCUUCUUGUAGCCCAGUGGUUCGUAAGCUUCCUAAUGCUGUGACCCUUUAUAAUACGGCUCCUCACGUUGUGGUGACCACACCCCCCAACCUUAAAUGUAUUUCAUGGCUACUUCAUAACUGUAAUUUCAACUACUGCUAUGAAUGAUAAUGUAAAUAUCUCAUAUGCAAAAUAUCUUGAAUAUGUGAUUUCCCCCAAAGGGGUCGUAGGGGUCAUGACCCCACAGGUUGAGAACUGCUGUUGUAGCCUAUCGGUUCACACGUGCCUGCUUUGGAGAAAACUAGUGCAGCCUAAAAGCCACAGACAUGGCCUCACUUUGACCUAGGCAUUCCUAAACGGCCCAGCCUAAAUCAGACCUGCGCUGUCUAAACACACACACACAUACACACACACACACACACACACACACACACACACACACACACACACACACACACUGUAUAGCAAGGGAGGUACAGGGAAAGCUCAAAGGACAACAAGGCAGGUGGCUUGUGAAAAGCCCAGACUAAGCUCCAGACACUCAGCUCCAUGCCAGCUGUAUGCCCAGAAACCAUGUCCACAGAUAAGGAGCCAUGUUGGACUGAAAGACUUCUGCCUGCAAAGGAGUAAAGCUGUCCAUACUGAUGGCCUGUCUGCAGAUGUCCCUUCCCCCUGGCUUGAUACUUGUUCUAGGGGUACACAGCCUUAUGGAGUCCUCUGCUCCUGGAUUCCCAGGCCAACCACAAGACCCCCUUCAUCCUGUGAAGUUAGGUACCCUACCCACCUUCUUAGGGACCACUUCACAAGAAAGGCCUGAGGCAGUGAGUGGGUUGUGAUUUUAAAUCUGUUUUGACAGUUGAUUUCUUCUUCGUUCUGAUCCUAGAAUUCUCCUGCUUCUGCAUUCUUGUCUUCUUCCGGGUUGAGAUGUUAGACUAUAGUCCUGGUGUGUAAAUAAUGUACAUAACAUGAGAAGGAAGAAACUGGAUAUUGAGGUGUUUGAAACACUGAACUGUCAUAACUUUUAGGUAUUCAAAGCAUAAUUUCUGUGCUGUUUUCUGUAAAGACACAAGCAAGAAUAAAAUUCCUGCAAAGACUGCUGGAAAUGGG